AUGCAAUUUAUCUGCAAAAGGAAGCGUAAACUUUUCAAUAACAUUUACAAGAUUGGAAUCAAAACUCAUGAUAUCAUUAUAAUAGAUGUAAUUUAUUCUUUAAAUUAAAGGGAACUAAUAUUGCUAAAUACAUCAUUCCAUUUUAUUCAGAGAUCGAAGUAAAUUGGAACUUAGACAACAACAAAUUAAUUGGAUUUGAGUUUCUCUAUAACAAGAAACUAAUUUAAUUUGAAAUGAAACCAGAAGAUUGCUAGGUAUUCUAAGACACAGUGAAAUCAUAAAUCUUCUUUUCAAACUUAUACAAGUUUUAUAAACCCAUUUAUGAAAUUGGUAAAGGAAGUUAUAGUAAUGUAACUUUUAUAUUGAUUAUUCAAGGUUUUGAAAGUAGUAAGUUAUCAGAAUAAAAAUAUGUACGCCUGCAAAUGCAUAGAACCAAAUGACAACUUUUCUGAACAAGUAUUACUAUAUUUUGAAUUUAGGAUAUUAUGAAUGAGAUUUAAAUACAUUCUUUAUUAAACCAUUAAAAUAUAGUUAGACUAUUGGGAAUAUCCAAAACUCAAAGGCAUUUCUAUUUACUUAUGGAAUUACCCAAUGGUGAUACUUUAAAAAAUUACAUGUGUAAGAAGGCCAAAUUAAGUGAAGAAGAAAUCAUAGGAAUUCUGAAAGUAAGUUUUAAUAAUAUUUAAGUAAUUAUUAUAAGCUGUAGAUCAUCUCCAUUCAAACAACAUCAUCCAUAGAGACAUUAAACCAGAAAACAUUAUCUUAUAACAUACUGAUGAUCAAAGUACUAAAUCUCAAUAACAAAGCACUCAUUAAGUUGAUUGACUUUGGACUGGCUGCAAAUCUUAAUGAUCCACAUAUCUAGUAUAAAGUAUGUGGAACUAGUGGUUAUGUAGCUCCAGAAGUAAUAAACAAUGAUGGACUCACACCAUAUGACACAAAAUGUGAUAUUUUUAGUUGUGGAGUGAUCCUCUAUUAAUUGUAAUUUUAUUCAAUUAUUAUACAUAGACUCACUCAUAAAUAUUUAUUUGAAGGAGAUACAAAAUCAGAAAUAUACUAAAAUAACAAAUUAUAUAAAAAAGUUGAUUAUAACUUUGGAGAUAUCCAUUAUUAUUUUCAUAAUUUACUCUCCCAAAUGCUUGAAGAUAAUCCAGAACAUAGAAUUACUGCUAAAGAAGCACUUAUAAUUUUGGAUCACAUUUCAAUAUAGAUUGAUGAAAUUCCUCAAGAUGAAAAUAUAUAAAGAUUACCUGUCAUGAUGUCUAUCAAACCCAAAUCAGAUCCUAAUCUUAUGAACAUAGAUUUCUGA